AGGAAAAGAUCAAAUGGAAAAUAUAGGUUCUGAGGAAGAAAAAGUAAGUGAUUGGGGUAUAUCUCUUCCGGUUCCAAGCGUCCAAGAGCUUGUGAGAAAUGAUCCUCAAUCAGUUCCUCAAAGGUACACACAACUGCCCGCAGACAGGCCAGUGGUUCCUGAUAUAUCACCAUUGUCAUUUGACAUUCCAAUUGUAGAUUUUGCCUUGUUAGCUAAAGGGGAUGAAAAUGAAACAGGAAAGCUAGACCUCGCUUGCAAAGAGUGGGGAUUUUUCCAGAUAAUAAACCAUGGGGUGGCUGAAGAGGUGCUACUUAAUAUGAAGGCAGCUAUUGCAGCUUUCUUUGAACUUCCACUAGAAGAAAAGAACAAGUACGCGCAGGCCGGUAACGAUUUCCAGGGAUACGGGCAAGCGUAUGUUGUCUCGGAGGAGCAGAAACUUGAUUGGUGUGACAUGGUAUUCUUAAUUACACUCCCACAUGAGAUUAGGAACCUAAAGUACUGGCCACACGCCAUACCAGGUUUCAAGGAAGCUAUAGAAAGGUACUCAAAAGAAGCUAAAAGGGUAGCUGAAGAGAUAUGUGCCAACCUAUCAUUACUUAUGGGCAUGGACAAAGACGGUCUGAAAAGGUUUUACGGCAAGACGAAACAAGCCAUGCGACUGAACUAUUAUCCACCCUGCUCGAGGCCUGAUCUCGUUCUCGGUUUUAAUCCUCACUCCGAUCCAGAUAUCGUAACAUUACUCUUGCAAGAUGAUGAGGUUCCUGGACUCCAAAUCCGGCAUAAAGGCAAAUGGAUUCCAGUUAAGCCGAUUCGUAACGCUAUCGUGGUGAACGUUGGCGAUGUUGUGGAGAUUCUGAGCAAUGGGAUGUACAAAAGCAUUGAGCACAGAGCAACCACAAAUGAGAGCAAAGCAAGAAUUUCACUUGCAACCAUUAUGAUUCCAUACGAUGAACUGGAGAUCGGUCCGAUGCAGUGUGCGGUGGAUGAUGGUCGGCCUCGAAUGUAUAGGAACAUCAAAUACCUUGAUUACGUGAGGUACACGUUGGGAAGGAAAACGGAAGGCAAAGCUCACCUUGACAAUAUUCUGAAAAUUAACACGUCGUCUUUCUAAUUACCAUCAUCAAGUUCGGUCCACAAUAAUUCAUGGUCAU